AUGAAGGAACAGGUGAUGAAGACCGCGGAGGCUCUUCAUAUGGGUACAGACACCGAUUCACUUUCAGCCCCGUCGAUCUUUGGCAAUACAGCGUUCGAGACACCUUUAGCCAUGGAUGGAGACACUUCCACACAUGAUGCCGCUCCGCAGCAGCUCAGUAAGAAGGGAAAGUUGGGUGUCGGAGGAGACGUAGCAUCUAGAGCGCAAGAUGCUACAGAGACACAAGACAACACCAUGGGUCAAGGAGCUGCCACGCGAGGAGAGAACGAUGUCGCCAAUAAUAUAGAGCCCACCCCCGUCCGAAUACCUUACAACAACGGAUACGGCGAUUUCUUCUUUGGAUGUCUCCCGAAGUGGAAAAAGCCGAAGAUCACAAAGGAUAUGUCAGAGGAUCAGAAGUUGGAUCUCAUGGGAAUCACAGGUAGUAAUGGAAUCCCAGUAGUUGAAUUGGGUAACUUUCAGAGAUUCGGAACGUUCCCGUACGAUAAACUACCUUUCGAGAUACGCGAAAAGAUCAUUCGAAUCCUUCUCCAACCAGUCAUCUCCAGUGACAAUGAUCAGAACAAAGGAAUUGAGUACACACGAUUCCAGCUAGAAUUCCUACCGGACCCUUUCUAUCACCAUUACAUGUUCUGUUCAACCAAAUGGAGUUAUGUACUCUGUGAGGAGACCGCAGAGCGCCUAUGGAAAACAGAGUGUUAUCCAGGUCGAGAGAACCUGUAUCUGCUCACUCUUAAUCCUGUCAGGACCCAAUACCACUCCGGACCUUCAAAGGAUUGGGUGUUUCUCGGAUGGCUCCGUCGAGUCUCUCACGUAAGCGCCUCUUUCCGGCACGAGCUGUGUAAAGUUCUAUGGGCCCACACCAUAGUUGAUACUGAAGGUUAUGAAGAACCAGAGGAUGACUGCGAGAUUUACCGAAAUUACCGUGAAGGAAAGGAAAAUACUAUUCUCAGAGAUUUCAAGACGUUUCUUACCGAGAGGCCUGCAAUUCUAAGGGGUAUCAAAGGAUUCUCCAUUGAGCUCAGCAUAUCGAGACCUCAAAACCUCAAUAAAUACGACAAGUUCUUUGAAUGGUGUGAUUACAUCGCUGAGAAACUCGAAUUAAGAUCGGCUUGGUUCAAGAUUGCACUCAGUGAGCGAGAUCUGCAAGAAUAUGUGCAUGGAAAAGAGGAUGGCUUGCAUGAUCUGGCAGCAACUUCCAGAUUGCGGGUCAGUCAUUACUUUGGCUUGGAGUUGUCGCGAUUGUAUGACGAAAACGACUCGAGUGUCGACGACUGGGAUGAGCCACUGGACCCGAAAUACCAGACUGCAUUGCUGGCGGUUAUGAAGCCGUUUAGCUUGAGGAGUCAGGUUAAGGAUCCCACGACCGAAGAGGGGAAAUACCUCCAGGCACGAGUUGAGGAAUUUGGGGAGACUGAUAAGGUGGAGGAGGCUAGAGAGACUGAAGAAUUGAAAUCGACUAAGGCGGACGUAGAAAUUGAGGAAAAUCAAUAGGCUGAGGAGACUGCUCAGGAGCUAUCUGAGUGAUCGUCUCGAAUGGCUGCAACGGUUACUGAGAUUGUGGAUAGACUGACGCAUCUGUGAGUGAAACUGGUUGGCAGUUCGGUCCCUUCAACUUUGAUCUUCACAUCUUAGAGUGUAUGAUGUACUCCGUAUCCCGUGCUUCCGGGGCCAAACUAGCAUGGAGA